CUUCCUCCAAUUUAUAGAAUUGUAAGAGAAAGAUCAAUCACAAGGAUGGGUUGGCUUGCUCGACUGUUGGCGGGGCUUGCUUUGUUGGCCGCCGGAGUUUUAUUCUCUCCUCAGACCCUUCGAUCGGGGUCCGACGCUCGUAUUUCCGUCAAACUUUCCACCUACCUCAGGCUGGCACAUCUCCUCAGCUUCUCUGCCGCCUUUGGCACCGUUCUUUGGGUCACCUUCAUCGGCGGCAUCAUCAUGUUCAAGAAUUUGCCGAGGCAUCAGUUUGGGAACCUUCAAAGCAAGAUGUUUCCUGCAUACUUCUCAACGGUUGCUAUCUGUUGCGCCAUAUCUGUUGCCUCCUUCGGCUAUCAACAUCCCUGGAAAUCUUCAUCCUCUGCUGAAAGAUACCAACUUGGCUUCUUGCUAUCUUCCUUGGCAUUCAGCCUCACAAACUUGUUUGUCUUUACGCCCAUCACUAUUGAGAUGAUGAGGCAAAGGCACAAGGUGGAGAGAGAAAACAAUAUCGGGGAUGAAGUUGGGGACUCCAAGAAUGAGGAAGUGGCCAAAGCAAAUCCAAGGCUUGCAGCCAUGAAUAGGAAGUUUGGGAUGAUCCAUGGAUUAUCUUCCCUUUCCAACAUUAUGACUUUUGGUGGCCUGGCAUUUCACUCUUGUUACUUGGCUGCCAAGAUUGACCUCUGAUUUAUCAGUUAUUCUCCUAUCCCGUCCACACCGUUUGUUAUCCUUUAUUAUUCACUUAGGUUGUUGGGGGGCCAGGUAUGGUUAAAUCUAUAUAUGUCAGCAAUCAAUAAAAAUAUAAAAUUGUGUGUGUGAUGAACAAGUGAAAUUAGUGUCAUAUUAAAGUGUUACGUACACAUGUUUAAUUAUUAUCAA